AUGUCACUACAGGCAAUAUUGUUUGACAGAUCUGAUCGUGAGCAAGUUUCGGUCAAGGUUUUGGACCAGUUACUCCUUCCUUAUUCCACCAAAUACAUUCCCGUAUAUACUAUCGAUGACGGCUAUAGAGUCAUUAACAAAAUGCAAGUGAGGGGCGCGCCUGCCAUUGCUAUAGUUGGAGCCUUGUCUGUUGUUAUGGAAGUCCAAUUACUCGCAAACACCUCCUUUACCAAAACUCAAGGAUUUUACGAUGUUUCUGACUUCGAUUGUCUUCGCCGCAGGUUGAAGGAGCGGUUGAGCUUUCUCUUGAGUAGCCGUCCAACUGCUGUGAAUCUUUCUAAUGCACUCUCCGAUGUUGGAAAUUUGCUUAGCAAGUCAAACGCUUUCGGAACUUUCCGCUCCGAUCUUUACGACUACGUAUGCAAAUUGAUCGAUGAUGACCUCGCCAACAAUGUCAAGAUGGGGGAUACUGGAGCGCGCUAUUUGCUAGAGGAGCUGGAGGCUCAGGGAUUCAGUGCUGAUUUUUCAGUUCUUACCAUAUGCAACACAGGUUCGUUGGCCACGUCUGGCUACGGCACGGCUCUGGGAGUAGUACGCUCGUUGUGGAGAGAUUCUCAGACGAAGACUGCUUCGGGCGCUGAAAAUAAAAAGCGCAAAUUGUCUAAAGGCGCUGCCAAAAUGACUCUCGUCUACCCACUGGAAACUCGUCCUUACAAUCAGGGUUCACGUUUGACCGCAUACGAGCUUGUUCAUGACGAUAUUCCUGCGACUUUGAUAACUGAUAGCUCCAUUGCCUAUAGAAUUGCCACGAGUCCAGUUCCAGUAAAAGCGGCUUUCGUGGGUGCUGAUAGAAUUGUACGAAAUGGUGACACUGCGAACAAAAUUGGUACGUUUCAACUAGCGCUCAUCUGCAAGCAAUUCGGUAUCAAGUUUUUUGUUGUUGCACCCAAGACUACAAUUGAUAAUGUAACUGCUACGGGGAAAGACAUUGUGGUGGAGGAGCGAAACCCUAGCGAAUUUAAGCUAGUUGCGGGAACUCUUAUAGAUUCUACAAAUGAGGAACCCCAGUUAGACGGUAAAGGUCUUCCUAUUUCUGCGAAGGUAGGAAUCGCUCCUCCUCAAAUCAAUGUUUGGAAUCCGGCCUUUGAUAUUACUCCGCAUGAAUUAAUUGAUGGUAUAAUCACUGAAGAUGGAGUUUUCACGAAAUCGGAAGAUGGAAAAUUCAAUCUAGAGAAACUAUUUUAG